CAGAGGUUAGUGGCUGCUUGGUGGCUGAGUCCCGCCAUCGUUGCCUUUGGCUUCCCCGAGCACCAUGGCCGAGCAGCCGCCCGACGUGGAGGAAGAUGCCUGUCUGCCUGAGUACCGCCAUCUCUUCUGCCCGGACCUGCUGCGGGACAAAGUGGCCUUUAUCACAGGCGGAGGCUCUGGGAUUGGUUUCCGGAUUGCAGAGAUUUUCAUGAGGCAUGGCUGCUACACAGUCAUCGCCAGCCGGAGCCUGCCGAGAGUGUCAAUGGCUGCCAAGAAGCUAGUUGCUGCCACUGGCCAGCGGUGCCUUCCUCUGUCUAUGGACGUCCGAGUGCCCCCAGCCAUCAUGGCUGCUGUGGACCAGGCGCUGAAGGAGUUUGGCAAAAUUGAUAUUCUCAUUAACUGUGCAGCUGGGAACUUCCUGUGUCCUGCCAGUGUGUUGUCCUUCAACGCCUUCAAGACCGUGAUGGACAUCGACACUGUUGGCACCUUCAAUGUGUGUCGUGUGCUCCAUGAGAAGUUUUUCCGGGACCAUGGAGGGGUGAUCGUGAACAUCACUGCAACCCUGGGUAACCGUGGGCAGGUGCUCCAGGUGCAUGCAGGCUCAGCCAAGGCAGCCAUGGAUGCAAUGACGAGGCACUUGGCUGUGGAGUGGGGCCCCCAGAAUAUCCGUGUCAACAGCCUUGCCCCUGGCCCCAUCAGCGGCACAGAGGGGCUCCGGCGACUGGGUGGCUCCCAGGCCAGCAUGAACACAAAAGUCUUUGCAAGCCCCCUGCAGAGGUUGGGGAACAAGACAGAGAUUGCCCACAGCGCACUCUACCUGGCCAGCCCACUGGCAUCCUAUGUGACGGGUGCUGUGCUGGUGGCUGACGGUGGGGCAUGGCUGACAUUCCCAAAUGACAUCAAGAUGCUGGCGGAUUUUACAACCUUCUCUCCUAAGCUCUAGAGAGAAGUCAAACCAGAGAGGAAGGAAAAAGAUGAUCAAAAAGAAUCACUGGAGGCCAGGCGC